AUGGUGCUACCGUUGAUGAAACUGAGGACGCUUCUGGUGAAAACGAUAAGUAAGCCAUUGGCGAGUCAGCUCAAGCACCAAGCCAAGGUUCAUCCUAGGUUUCGCCAAUCCAUCAUCAACUUUGCUCAGAGGAACCAUAGGAUAACGAUGCAGAUACAAAGGAGGAUAUAUGGACAUGUGACUGAUGUGGAGAUUCUUUUGUUUCCAUAUAUAUUCCUCAUAAAUUUUGCCUUCCUUGAUUGUGUUUGUGCUGUGAUGCGAAGAUUUUAUGCUUGUAUCAGAUAUGGGAUGUUUUCGUGUGGAAAAGCUGAGGGACUCAUUGGUGGUACCACGAUCCGUCUCGUUAAUAGCAAGAUGCUAAUGAAAUCAGGAACGCAAAAGCUUAGACUCUGGCAAGGGAAGGAAGCAGAUGGUUCAUUUUCUACCUCUACUCCUGGAAAGAAAAAGGAUGGUGUUAUAUUGAAUGCAUUAGAUGUUCAAAGAAGCUCCAGCAUGAGAUAUCUUCUUUCACAUGACUCUUCUGUGAUAAGCCCCACGCUGUAUCGUGUGGAGCUGUCUGUUUCCGAGAAGACUGAUGAUGCUGUUCCUGUGACUUUUGAUCUUUAG